CCUUGAGGGAGGCGGAAGCGGAAGCGCGCGGAGGAGCGGGGGAGGGUGCAGCGGGAGCAAAACAAAGAAGAGGCGGCGGCGGCGGGCGCUGGGAUGCGACGGAGGGACGUUAGAAUGAAAGAAAGGAAAGAGAGGAGAAUGCUGACUUCUGUUUGGACAUAUAAUGGAAGGAAAUAUCGCGCAGAACGUCUGUCCUAGAUCACUCGGAUGGCUUCAGCGGCAAGAUAACGAUGCGAAGCCCUGGCUCUGGAAAUUUUCUAACUGCUUUUCAACUCCUGAACAGAAUUUCCCCCUUGCUGCAAGAACGAACAAGUCCAUGGAGAGCAAGAAAGCUCCUGUAGAGUUGAAGGAAGCCCCCCCGGCUCACCACCCUCCUCUGCAGCCCUUUGCGGCCGUGCCCCUCCCCGAUGUCCACUCUCUCCAGCCAAAGCAAAUCCAACUCCCGCCCAACCCUCAAGUAAGCUGCUGUUCUCAUGGCUCUGAUUCCUCCCCUCGGGUCCCUCAGUUGCACUUUGGUGGCGGCGGCGGCAACAUCGGUGGUGGCGGUGGUGGCGGCAGCAGCGGCAGCUUGAUUCACCCCGGGACGGUCUUAAACGCUCCCGGCACUGGGACAAUCACCUGGCAGAUAGGGUCAGAGUUGGCUUGUCCGUCGUCGUCGUCAUCUUCACUCAAGAACGGCCCGGCGAGAAGCAACAUGGCCGGCGUCUGCCGGGAAAACCCUGUCCCUUCGUGCCCUCACUUUUCCUGCUGCGGGAAACUCCACUUCCAAGCCUGUCACGGUAACCUGCACAAACUUCAUCCCUUUCCCCCACAUCCGGGCUGCACAACUUCGGGCUAUUUUUCCUGUUCUGAAUUCAGUGGGGCGGCGGGACUGACAGAGGAACACCUGGCCCAGCCGGAGCGCAUGUCUUGCGGUUGCACCAACUCGCUGCACCUAAAGGUUUCACCUCCCCUUUGCUUGAAGGGCUCUCGCCACUGCACGGAGUGUCUGAGCAAGUCAUCCCAAGAAAGUUUAGUAGAAGCAGCUAAAAUGUGGCCGGAUAUUCCUCCUCCAAACGCCCAGGUGGCGUCCCUCCCUCUCCCGGUGUGUAACGGCUGUGGAACCAAAGGAACAAGGAAAGAGAAGAGCCUCCUCUUGGCCAGUAGCUUUGGCCAGCUGACCCCCAAACAUGGCUCUCCAGAAAUUGCCAUCUCGAACCAGUUACUGGAAAACCUGCCUCCCAUUGGGGUCUUCUGGGAUAUCGAGAACUGUUCGGUGCCGUCGGGUCGUUCUGCCGUGACGGUGGUCCAGCGCAUCCGGGAAAAGUUUUUUAAAGGCCACCGAGAAGCCGAGUUCAUUUGCGUGUGUGACAUUAGCAAGGAAAACAAGGAAGUUAUUGAAGAGUUGAACAAUUGCCAGGUAACUGUCGCGCACAUUAAUGCCACAGCCAAGAAUGCUGCCGAUGACAAACUCCGGCAAAGCCUUAGGAGAUUUGCAGAUACCCAUGCUGCACCAGCCACCGUAGUGCUUGUCUCAACUGAUGUCAACUUUGCACUGGAACUCAGCGACCUGAGGCACCGCCACGGCUUCCACAUCAUCCUGGUUCAUAAAAACCAAGCUUCCGAAGCACUCUUGCACCACGCCCACGAGCUCAUCCGAUUUGAAGAAUUUAUUUCAGAUUUGCCCCCAAGAUUACCCUUGAAGAAAACAGUGUGUCACACUCUAUUAUAUGUUUACAACCUGCCCACCAACCGAGAUAGCAAAAGCGUCUGCCUGAGGCUUCGGCGUCUGUCGGACAAUUGCGGCGGGAAAGUCUUGACCGUCUCUGGCAGCGGCGCGAUCCUCCGCUUCCUCAGUCAGGACAGCGCCGAGCGAGCCCAGAAGCGGAUGGAGAACGAAGAUGUCUUCGGCAACAGGAUAACCGUGUCUUUCACCCCCAAAAACCGCGAGCUGGCAGAAACCAAGAACGCAGGCUCUUCCGUGGCAGACAAGGCCAAGUCUCCCAAGAAAGUCAACCGAAACGCGAAGCUGUGUCUCAUGAGCAGAAUGGCCAACGAUCCGUCUUCCACCGCCAAAGCUGCGGCCUCAAAAGGCCCUCAGGGACACGGGUCCGUUCCCAAAAACACCACCGUUAAAAGCUUACAGGAAUUGUGCCGCCUUGAAUCCAAAACGGGAAGAAGUUCUGAACACCGCCAGGACCAGCUAAAAGAAGGCGUUCCUUCAUCGCACAGCAGUUCUACCACAGCAAGUUCCGUAUCCACCCAGGCCACCAAGAAGGCAGGAGCGGGAGAACCUGCUCAUAAUAAAAACAAGAAAGAGACGAUGGCAGCCAGAAGCAUGAACAGUUCCCCGGUGGACAAGAAGGAGAAGGAGAACGCCUUCCAAGUCAGCUUCCCUUCAGCUUUCAGCCUGCUGGCGGCCUCCAGACAGCACAGUCCCAUUCUGAUCUCUCAGAGUUGUUGGUCAUCAAGGAGUGUGUCUCCAAGCGUUUCGAACAGGUCUUCACCCCUCACUUUGAACGUCACAAAUUCUUCCAGCCAUACAGACUGCCCAGAUCCAUUUGCAAAUGGAGCAGACAUUCAGAUUAGCAAUCUGGAUUACCGACUUACCCGAAAAGAGCUGCAACAAACUUUGCAGGAUACCUUCACUAAGCACGGCAAGGUAAAGAAUGUAGAACUUAGUCCUCACACCGACUAUCAGCUGAAGGCCGUUGUUCAGAUGGAGAACCUUCAAGAGGCCAUCACCGCUGUCAACAGCUUGCACAGAUACAAAAUCGGUAACAAGAGGAUCCAGGUCUCUUUAGCCACUGGGGCUGCCAGCAAAUGCCUGGCACUGAUGAGUUCAGAAGCAAUAUCCAUUCUUCAGGACGCCCCAGCCUGCUGCCUCCCACUUUCCAAAUUCACUGAGAUUUAUGAGAAAAAGUUCGGACACAAGCUGAACGCCUCGGACUUGCACAAGUUAACAGACAUCUUAGCGAUCCGCGAUCAAGGCAACGGUCGCCUGGUUUGCCUCUUGCCCAGCAGCCAAGCGAGGCAGAGCCCGUUGGGAUCGUCACAGUCUCACGACGGCUCCUCUGCUAACUGCAGCCCCGUCAUCUUCGAAGAACUGGAGUAUCACGAGCCUGUCUGCAAACGGCAUUGUGUGAACAAAGACUUCAACGAACACGACUUUGAUCCCGACUCCUACAAGAUCCCCUUUGUGAUUCAGUCUCUGAAGGCCUUCGCUCCUCAAGUCCAUAGCUUGUUACAGACGCACGAGGGGACGGUACCACUUCUCAGCUUCCAAGACUGUUAUGCUUCAGAAUUUAACAGUCUAGAAAUGGUUCAGGAAGGCCAUGGAGGCGUCCCUCUGGAGCACCUUAUCUCCUGCGUUCCUGGUAUUAAUAUUGCUACGGCACAAAAUGGCAUCAAAGUUGUAAAAUGGAUACAUAAUAAACCGCCACCUCCUACCACAGAGCCUUGGUUGUUGCGUUCCAAGAGCCCAGUGGGCAACCCCCAACUCAUCCAGUUCAGUAGAGAAGUGAUUGAUCUCCUUAAAAACCAGCCCUCCUGUAUUAUAUCCGUCAGCAAGUUCAUCCCCAUGUACCACCACCAUUUUGCCAAGCAAUGCCGCGUGUCUGAUUAUGGGUAUUCCAAGUUAAUAGAGCUGCUGGAAUCCGUGCCUCACGUCCUGCAGAUUCUCGGGAUAGGAACCAAGCGUUUGUUAACCUUAACACACAGGGCUCAAGUGAAGCGAUUCACUCAAGACUUACUAAAGCUUCUGAAGUCUCAGGCCAGUAAACAAGUUGUAGUCAAAGAAUUCUUACUUGCUUAUCACUGGUGUUUCUCAAAAGACUGGGAUGUCACAGAAUACGGAGUGUGCGAUUUGGUGGAUCUAAUAUCCGAAAUUCCCGACACGACAAUUUCUUUGUCUCAGCAAGAUAAUGAAAUGGUCAUUUGUAUCCCAAAGAGAGAACGUACCAAGGAAGAAAUCGAACGGACGAAGCAGUUCUGCAGAGAAGUGAUUGAUCUGCUGCGCCACCAGCCCUAUUUCCGUAUGCCUUUCAACAAGUUCAUCCCGUCCUAUCACCAUCACUUCGGGCGCCAGUGCAAACUGGCCCAUUACGGAUUUACCAAACUACUUGAACUUUUUGAAGCCAUACCUGAUGUCUUACAGGUCCUGGAAUGUGGCGAGGAGAAAAUCCUGACGCUAACCGAGACAGAACAAGUCAAAGCUUUAGCUGCCCAGUUUGUUAAGCUGCUCCGUUCCCAGAAAGAUAAAUGCCUCCUGAUGGCAGACGUCCUUGCCGAAUACGCUAAAACCUUCGGCUACCCGUUGCGUCUCCAGGACUACGACGUUGGCUCUGUUCCGGCUCUGAUGCAGAAACUUUGCCAUGUCAUCAAAGUAGCCGAUACAGAAUCUGGGAAACAGCUUCAGCUGAUCAAUAAAAAAUCCCUCCGGACUCUCACUUCACAUCUUCUGGUGCUUCUCAUGACCCUGGACGAAACCACCAUAGUUUCUGUGAAGGAGCUUAAAAGGCGUUACGAGGUUGUCCAGGGGACUGUCCUUAACCCAUGUGAAUAUGGCUUCAUGACCUUUAUCGAGCUUCUGAUGAGCGUGCCUUAUUUUAUCGAGGUUUUUAUUGAUGGCGAUGCAGAAUAUGUGAGGCUUACAGACCUGUAUAUUUUUGCCAAGAAAGUGAGGUUGCUGCUUCAUACCUAUCACUACCAACAGAUCUUCCUCCACGAAUUCCCAUCAGCCUACAGCAAAUACACGGGAGAAGCUCUUCAUCCCAAUACCUAUGGCUACAAUAACCUUGAGGAACUUCUAGGGGCAAUUCCAUCGGUAGUAUGGAUAAAAGGCCACGGCCAUAAGAGGAUUGUUGUUCUGAAGAAUGACAUGAAAACUCGUUUUAGCUCUCCCAGUCUUCCCCUGGCUGACGAAAGUUACGAAAAUGAACUUGCCAAUGGUGAUGGACAAUCCACAAAGGCCACCGGAGUGGACAAAUCGUUAGAUUUAAUCCUGGAAACACCCAGCGUUGCCUCCAAUCAAACCGAGGAAGAGCUGCUGUGUCUCACCAACGCAUCACCCGUUGAUCUUUUAUGUGAACCGGUCCCUUCCUGCCUUCCCUCCCCGCAGCUGAGACCAGAUCCAGUGGUUCUUGAAUCAACCGAUCUCAUCCGUUUCGAAGAGCAUUCACCAAUCCCUUCCGAGGUGACGAUGGAUCCUGAAGAGGAAAAGGCUGCUGGUCCUUCCGAAGCGAACAAAGAAAUCAGCCACCCCGCUGAAGCGUCUAAAGCUGCAGGAAGCGUCUCGGCCCCUCCCUGCUCCUCAUCCGAACCGCCGGGAUGCAGAGAAGCCACGGACAGCCCCGCUCGCAAGCAGCCAAAGAGCCGCGUGAAAUUGGCAGCCAACUUCUCGUUUGCACCCGUAACCAAGCUUUAAAUCUCGUCCCGGCGUGAAAAGCAUCGUAUCGUUCAAGACUGCACAAGAAAAUAAAGUCGGCUAUAAUUUUUUUUUUUUUUUUAGUUUUUAAUCACUGUCUGGAGGGGGGUGUAGUCACCGGCCUGUUUUCUUUUGUCACUGCGACUGCCUUCCGUGCAAAUACGUUGCACGUUCUCAACCGAAGUUAAGCUGGGCAGUUCUUUUUUUUUAUUAUUAUUAUUAUUAUUAUUGGAACUUCAGAUAUUUGUUAAAAGCGAUCUAAUGUUUUACCCUUUUUUUUUUUUUCUGUCCCGUGUCGACAAAAAAAAGCAGAUGCGAGCACCCUUGGCAGAGAACGGAUUUUUUAAGUUUCCGAUACCCGGAAGGGGGGAGGGAUCUCAAAUCUACACACGUCGACGCCUAAACCUCUCGGCGGCCGUUUCUACAUUGCGGUUUUGUUAUCGGGAAAUAACCAUGCAGUGCAUCCUUUGUCGUGCAAUAUGGCCUCCCGGGAGGAUUUUUUUAAAAAAAAAUUGGUCACUUCGAUGGGAAUACGCAGUGGGGGAGGGGGGAGAAGUCUUUAAGCUUUGUAAGGGCAAAACUUGGGAACUGGGUGUGGGUUGUUUUUUUUUUCUGAUGACUUGUAAUUAACUAUUCUGAUCGUUGGAGACCCCGAUCAUAACCCCGAUCGUUGGAGAAGUCGGUCAAUUUGGUACAAAGUCCCCCCCCCUUUUUUUUUUUUUUAAAGGCCUUCUGUGAUAGUUCAGUUCCGUCGAGGAAACUUGUAGGAAAUGUAGAUUUUACGCUUCCCUUUUAUAAGCGCUGCUGUUGGAUGCCGAUUUCAGAUGAAGUCAAGUUGGGGGUGGGUGGGAAGCCAUCUCGGUGCCGUGCGUUUUGAAGGCACCUUGAGAAGCCUCGGGUUGCAGCCGCUCCCUUGAGGGGGACGUGGUGAGGGGAGGAACGGGGCCCGUUGAGAUUUCAAGAAAAUAAAAUAUGCAUCGACAUGCAUAAAUCAUGGAAUCGCGCAAGGCGACGGGAAGUUUUUUUUAUUAAGGCAGGAAAAGGCGCUGAUGCUUCCGCAGAUGAUGCUUCCGGGCGCAGGAGGUUAGAAAGGCCAAGGUUAGUGGCCUAACCUUGUUUGCAAAACUUUUUUAAACGUGUAAUAAAUGGGAAGCUUAGUAGUAUGAAUCGAGAAAGCGGGGGAGGGGGGUGUUUUUAACAGUGUCUGGUUUUUAUUCCUCUUAGUGCUGAAAAGCUACUCGUGUGCAUGUGUGUGUGUCAUUUUUUUUUUUUUUUUUGCUUCCAGUUCUUAAUGGGGUAUUUUUUUUUGUGUGUGUGUGGUAGUGAUUGUUGUGGUUGUUGGCUUUUAGAAGGGCCAGCCUUUACAGAAGAAAUUGAGUCAGUGGGAUCCUUUUGUCUUCUUUUUAGAGAGAGAGAGAGCGAGAGAAUGACAAAAAGACAUUAAAAACGUCUUCCAAAGGUUUAUACCCCUUGCCCGGGUAAACUUGGCACUUACAAUGGGUUGUAUUUGCCAGGAGAGAAAAUUUUUGUACUGCUUGUCGAAAAGGAAAAGAACCUAUUUCCCGAGGUUUCCACUGGCCGAACGCGGAAAAAUAUAUAUAUUUUGUAACAAUUAUAUUUUAUAAUGGACAAGGUUGGGGAAAAAAUAACAGGCUGGGGAGUUUCACAGCCAGCAACUGAAGGGGGGGAAAAAAUACCACCAAAUGGCUAUAGGUACUUUUUUAAAAAACAAACAAACAAAAUAAUGGAUUUUGUUUGAAAGAGUUUUAAAACAAAGCCACACAUUGAAUUAUAUAGCCAUUACGAACGCAAGGAAAAACUGGAAGUUUUUUUUCUUUUUUUACUGAGAUUUUGACACGGCACAGUUUCUCCAGAGACCUAAGAGUUUAUAGGAACAGAUCGUUUGAUAUAUGUAAUUUUUUUUUCCUUUCUCUCUAGUGUUUCGAGUAUUUGUGAGACCAUUUCUCGGUAGCUUUAGGUAUAACCUGCAUAAAAUAAAGGCCUCGCCACUCAAUUGUGGGUCAUACUUAACAGAACCGGUUGCUGUUCUGAGCAAGUCAUCUUAAAAAAAAAAAAAAGUGAGACCCAAGUUUUUUUUGGGGGGGGGGGGUAAUAAAGAAAUCAAAAGUUCAGUAGUGUUCUGUAUUCGAAAUACAGAUGUGGCCAGGUGAUCCGUAAAGAAAAAUCCCAUUGUACAUGAAUCCAUGUGGCAUUCUCAACUCAAUUGCUCUUUGAAAGUUACACAGUGCCGUUUCGGAUAAAUUUGUGGGAUUUUUGUUGUUGUUGUUUCUCCCGUAACACAGGAUAAAAAAGGCUUGAAAAAAAUAAUGUAACUUGACUGAUUGGAAACAUGAAUUAAGGUGAUGAAAUUCGUUAACUUACACUUUGGACAUUUUGAUUUCUUUUAACUGUUCUGAAAUGAAACAGAUCAAGGCAACUAUGCACUCUGGGUGGGUGAAGAGCGACAAUACGGCAUAUAAACUUGUCUAAUCUGUUCGGGCACUUUUGUGGGUCAAGUGGUAUUUUGUGCAUUUGGGACCAAGCAGUUGUCAAUAAAAAUUUCAAGCAAGCAAA